CCCUGUAUCCCCGGAAAGAUGCUCCGACCAAACAUGCUAGCAUUCCGUUUAGCGAUCGAGCUCUGUAAAUAAGAGUGCAGGUGUACGGAAUUUGAUUGCUGCUUUAAAAGUUGUUUUCUUUAACAAUUUUUAUUUUGUUUCUUAAAUGUUAAGGAGUUGCAUUUAACGCGCUUUGUAGAUCCAGCAGGAUGCGUGGCAAUCCAGUGGACUGUGUGGUGAAAUCGCCAGUGGCUCUGCAGCUCGGCGAUGUGGUGUCCGAUUCAGUCCGUCCUGGUGUUUAUAUCACAGAUGUUGUACUUGCAGAGCCGCUCAGUAUUCAGGAAAUCUCCUUCAAGAACUACUACACAGCCUAUCUGACGGUGCGAGUGUUGAAAAAUGAGGAAGGGAGUGACGAGAAUUCCGCUAAGUGGUUCACAUGUGUGAGAAACUACUCCCUGAUGUCCAGUCCACACACUGAAGGAGGCUCACAGGACUACUUUUCUAUCUACAGACAACAGAUGCUGACGGAGCCGGAUAACGUUAUUACCGUGCGCCUCAUACUGAGACAGCCCUCGUCAGUUUGGCUGAAUUUCAGCAUAGAGGACAUCAAAAUCUACUCGCUAGCAGAUGAAGAAUCAGAGAGGGAUAUUCCUUCCUGGUUAUCUACUAUCACACCGGCUGAAGAGCCUCUCGAUUUGAAUGGGCUUCCCGAUCCAGACACGGUGUCAUCUAGUAUUCAGCAAAUGUGGGCUCUCACCGAGAUCAUGCAGUCAAGCCAGACCUCCGCCUCCAUAGGGCGUUUUGACGUAGAUGGCUGCUAUGACAUCAACCUGCUUUCCUACACAUAAGAACUGACAGGAGGUUCAGCAGGAAUUCUGUAGACCAAGGCUGCAGCUUCAAGCAGACAGUAGCUGUGUCUCAAAAGGCUCUAUACAUUAUGCACUUCACCGAGUUAUUAAUGUCUCAGCUGAAACACUAAUGCUCUUUAGCACUAAAGUUACCAAGCUGUAUUUAAUGUCAUUGAAGCAAGUCCUCAGGUUCAUGUUCUUGGCUGCGAGAAGUGCGUUCUGGUCUGCUUGCGUAGGUGUGUUGUGCAUUUAGUGAUGCUUUCCUGUUCACCACGGUUAUUAAGGGCUGGAUAAUUGAGUUCCCAUAGCCAUUCUUUCAGCUUAUUGGCCAUUUUAUUCUAAUCUCUUUCUCUCAUGUACAAUUAUUUCUACCCUUUUAUCACUAAAUAUAGAUGAUAAAGUCUCGGUUUGUGAUAAAAAGCUUCCUACUAAAUACAUUUAUUGUUUAUUUGUUGUUUAGAGAAUUACUUGGGUAUUUAUAGUGCACUACAUAUAGUCUAUUUGUUAGUGUACAUAACAAAGUGUGCAAUUUGAGAAGCACCUAAUGUAAGAAAUGUAAGAUAAAAAGAAAAAUAGCAAUUGGAAUGCGCUAGAUGUCUUUUUAAACAGUAUAUUUUUCCACCUAUUAAUACAUUGCAUGGGUAAUAGUAACAAUUGUUUAAUUACAGCUGAUUUUUGGCUUUUUUUAUUUUUUAUUAAUCAGCAUCCGACACACCAAACCGUGUCUGCACGUUCUGCCUUUGCGUGAGAGAACAUUACUCCCCCAUACCAGCAGGUGGCAGAAGUCCAAACAGGGAAGAGAUAGAAUCGUGAAUAUACUGUAUAAAGCAAGCAGGGAUUCGUGUAGCUUAUUUCAAUUGUCUGUUAUGUUUCAAAGACAAGAGCAAGAAUGACAACAAGCGUUUUUGGGGUGGUUUUUUUUGUUGUUUUGUAGCCAAUCGGAAUUCUCGUUCUCCCCGAUGCAAGAAAAUUUGGCCAAUAAACAGCUGAUGCUGUUCGAGGAAUCAAAUCAGUCGACGUCCAUAUUUAGAUGAUUCCUCGCGUAUUUUUUUUGCAUUUAAAAAGUUAUAACAAGUGAUACAGUUGGAAUAACUGGAGAUCAGCAUGUUUUAUUAACACUCAACAAGCAACUUUAUUAGGGACAACUGUACAUUCAUGAUCUUGGCCAAUCAUUUCAUUAACUGCUAAUCUUCUGGUUUUCACACACAACCGCCUCAAGAAUAUUACACAGAAUUUAGCACAAAAAAAAAAACAGAACAAAUACCAUUUUGAGUGAGCAAUAGAAUGGCUUCUUUAUAUAAGAAGUGAGAGGAAAAUGGUCAGAUUUGAGCAGGUUCGAGGUUUAGUUAAAGCAGCCAGACAGAAUAUUACAACUCAAAUGUGCACUCCAUGGUGAGCAGAAAAGCAUCUCGACACUCACAAAAAAAUCAAACCUUUAGGGAGAUGGGCUACAACAUCAGAAGACUACAUUGGUUCCGCUCUUGUCAGCAAAGAGCGAGAAUCUGAGGCUUUCAUGGGUGCAGAUUUACCAUCACUGUACAGUUAGAGGGGAAAAUCACCUGAUAGUUUUACUGUCUAGUUUGGAUGAAUGUUCGCCCACGAGAGCCUCAGAUUCUCAUUUUUAUAGGUUUAUAAAAGCUCAGACUAGCUUUGUAGUUCUCCUCGAAAAUCUUAUCAACAAGGUGUUUUUGCGUUUUGUACAUUUUAUGGUUUUUUAUGUGUGUGUAAAUCCCACGAGAGCACUCGACUCGAACCAGCCCAUCUGAUAACACGUUUAAAGUCGCACAACUCAGACUUCCUCCCAUUCUGAUCCCUGAUGUAAACUGGAUUAACUGUAGCUUUUGAUCUGCAUUUGCAUGAUUUUAUGCAUUGCAUCGCCGCUACACGAUCGACUGAUUAAAUAACUACAUUCCUAAUAAAGUGGAUGAUGUAGCCAAUAAAGCAUGUAAUAAAAACUAUAGCGAAACAA